UGAGGUGAAAGGUCGUGGGCGAGGGGGACGUAUGGGCAGAGGUGGUCGUAUGGGUCGCGGUGGCCGUGGACGUGGCGGCAUGGUGAAGGGCUUUGGGCCCCCAGGACGGGGAAGGGGCCGAGGACACAACGGACCAAUGAACGGCUUCGGACCCAUGAGGAGAGGUAUGGGAAGGGUGCGGCCUUACCCGGACUUCAGAGGCAGGGGCUUUGUGAGAGGAGUCGGCCCUCCACCUCCCCCACCUCCCCCUCCCCCAUUUCACAUGAGGCCUUAUGGUCCAAUGCCCAGACACAGGCAUGGUCCCCCUCCACUGCCACUUGGUCCUCCAGGCUUCCGUGGGCGUCCUCCUCCUCCUCGAGGCCAUGGUGGUCCCCCAGGGCCCCCUCGCCACUUCCACCCCAGAGGCUACCACAAUGGACCCACCCCUCCGCCACCUCACCUUAUGCACAACAGGGGGCAGCGUUGGCCAGGCCCACCCAGGGCACGACGCUUUUAGAGCAAAAUUGUUUGUUUGUUUUUAAGUGAGAAAUGAGAAAAAUGAGCCAUUUUCAUUAAUGCUUGAGCCAGCCGAAUGGCCAUACGAGAGUGGAUAAUAGCUACCUAGGGAAAAAAAUGCCAAAAUGUCCCUAAACAAUUUGGAUUUCUUUUUUUUCUUCUCUCGAGAAUGAACCUUGAGAAUCAGUGAGCUGGUGAGAGAGAGAGAAACAGAGAGAGAGAGAGUAAACAUGCCCAUUGAUGAAACAUCUUUUUUAUGUGUAAGGAUAACUUAUUACCAGACAGUGACUUAAUAAACAUGACCCUUUAAGUAUUGUUUAGUCCUUUUGCCUAUCAUCUUGUGAGCCUUAAAAAUCUGUAGUUGUCAUCCAGUAUAGUGUUUUGAGACAGUCAGAAAAUGUAAGAAAGUAGAUUAAAUGAGUAAGAAAUUGUUAAUGUUCUCUCAGCCCGUAUAUGUGCAGGUAUACCUAAACUCUUGGAUUCCUGGGACCUCCUUAAUUAUUCCUGUUGUGAUAGUGUAGAGCUGUAACGGUUUCAACAUCAAAGACAUACAAACAUUGACACAACAGACCAUUUGAUACACCAAAUGCAAUUUAUAUGUGCAGUGUUAUUGAUUCUGUGAGCAUCAUUGUUAUUAAUGUACAGAUGCCUUUACAAUAUUUGAGUAUCAUUGUAUGGAAUCCAUUUAUGUUCAUGUUCUGCGAUCUACAGUAUAAUAUGGAUCAAAUUAAUGAAUAGUUAAUAUAGUAUGACAUACAGUGACGUAUGAGGCAUUACAUAAUGCUCAAACAGAAUGCAAGUGUUUUGAAGGCAAAUUUAAAGAACAAAUCGAAUUGCUUUAAAAUAAUGUAAAGCACAUGUGUAUGUUGUGAAUUGUUAUGAUUAUCUAUAUCUACUUUAUAGUCCUAUGGAAUUGUGAAUGUACACUUUGUACAAGCACAACAGAUUGGAACUACAGAGGUAAUGGAAAAAAAUAAAGU